AUGGCCCCCUUGUUGCAGGCGUUGGUGGGCGGCCUGGCACUGGCAGGCUCAGCCCUUGCCCACAAGCCGGAAAACGAUAGCUUGGUCGAUUCACAAAUCCUGACAAACCCGUAUGCCUAUGAUUUCCCUCGACUGGGUGCCCAUGGGUCUUCGCGAUUCCCCAUGCGCCACUGCCAUGGGUUCAAACUGGAAGAAGCCAGCAUCGACGAGAUCCAGAAGCAGCUCUCCAAGGGCACGUUCACCAGCGUUCAGCUCCUGGAAUGCUACCUGGACCGCGUUUACCAAACUCAGCCAUAUCUGAAUGCCAUCUUGCAGCUUAACCCGGAUGCUGUUGCGAUUGCCAAGGCGCUCGAUGCCGAGCGCGCACACGGGAAGACCCGUGGUCCUCUCCAUGGCAUCCCGUUCAUUGUCAAGGACAACUUUGCCACCAAGGACCGUAUGGAGACCACGGCCGGUAGCUGGGCGCUGCUGGGAAAUGUUGUUCCCCGUGAUUCCCACGUUGUCUACGGUCUCCGAAAGGCCGGUGCUCUGCUCCUGGGCAAGGGUGCUCUGAGUGAGUGGGCUGAUAUGCGCUCCAACAACUACUCCGAGGGCUUCACGGGCCGUGGUGGUCAAUGUCGCAGUGCCUACAACUUCACCGUGAACCCGGGUGGUAGCAGCACGGGCCCGGGAGUGGCGGUGGGCGCCAACUUGAUUCCUUUUGCUCUCGGAACUGAGACGGACGGCAGUGUCAUCAAUCCCGCUCAGCGAAACGCCAUCGUGGGCAUCAAGUCAACCGUUGGGUUGACCUCCCGUUCGGGUGUCAUCCCCGAGUCUCUGCACCAGGACACCGUCGGUACUUUUGGCAAGACAGUCCGCGACGCGGUUUACGCACUGGACGCCAUCUAUGGCGUUGACACUCGCGACAACUACACUCUCGCUCAGAGGGGACAUACCCCCAAGGACGGCUACACGCAAUUUCUGGCCAAGAAGGAUGCCCUCAAGGGUGCGGUGUUUGGCAUUCCCUGGAAGUCAUUCUGGGCCCUCGGCGAGCCCACCCAGAUUGCCCAACUCCUCGAGCUGGUCAAGCUGAUCAAGGAUGCCGGCGCCACAGUCGUCAACGGGACCGAGCUCCCGCAUUACAAGAAGAUCGUCUCGCCCGAUGGUUGGGACUGGGACUAUGGCUCCACUCGCGGAUACGCGAACGAGUCGGAAUACUCGUACAUCAAGGUCGACUUCUACAACAACCUGCGCGACUAUCUCGCCGAGGUGAACAACACCAAGAUCAAGUCGGUCGAGGACCUGGUCAAGUACAACAUCGACAACUACGGCGCCAAUGGCGGCUUGCCGGGCAUCCACCCAGCCUUUGGGUCAGGCCAGGACGGGCUCAUCGCGUCUCUGAACAGCAAGGGCAAGAUGAACGCCACCUACUUCCAGGCCCUAGAGUUCUGCCAUCGCACGACCCGCGAGGAGGGCAUCGAUGCCGCCCUCAAGCACAAGGGCCGCACUCUGGAUGGCCUUCUGGUGCCCCCGGAUGUGGCUCAGAGCAUCCAGAUCGCUGCCCAGGCUGGAUACCCUGUUAUCACUGUGCCGGCUGGCACGGACAAGUCAUCGGGUAUGCCCUACGGCCUGGCGAUCAUGAAUACCGCGUUCUCUGAACCUACCUUGAUCAAGUACGCCAGUGCCAUCGAGGAUCUCCAAAAGAGCUCUGACACCAAGUGGCAGCGCACACUCCCCCAGUGGCGCGGCUAUCUGGAGCGGAACCUGCCUGUGAUCAUGUAA